UCUUCCUUGCUUGCCUUCUCCCACCCCCUUUUUCCCUUCUCCCGUUAAUUCUUCCAACAUCUUCAUUCUUGUAGCGAGUCGUGCGAAUUAACUGGUGAACUUCUUCUGGCUUUCCGCUUCCUCUCGCUCUCUGGUGUCCUCUCGCUUCUUUUUUUAAAUUUGUCGCGUCGUGGAUAAGUUAUGUAAGUGACGACAACGGGAGACCUCUGUUGUGACACGUCUUAGUUCGUUCCGGGUACUCCCACAUUACACCUGUGAUUAAGUUCACUUUAAAUAGCCACCAACAUGUCUGACGACGAGGACCAAUACUCGGGUAGGGCGUCCCAAAAGGAAUCUGGCGAGAGUAUCGAGUUUAUGAAGAAACAAGAACAGAAAAGAAGUGAACUCGACGAACAGCUCAAAGAAUACAUAGCGGAAUGGCGAAAGCAGAGAGCCAAGGAAGAGGAGGAGUUGAAAAGAUUAAAGGAGAAACAAGCCAAGCGCAAGGUCACCCGCGCGGAGGAGGAGAAGAGAUUGGCUCAAAAGAAGAAGGAAGAGGAGGAGCGCCGUCAACGUGAAAUCGAGGAGAAGAAACAACGUGACAUCGAGGAGAAGAGAAGGCGCCUGGAGGAGUCGGAAAAGAAACGUCAGGCUAUGAUGCAAGCAGUGAAAGAACAGAGCAAAAAGGGUCCCAACUUUACUAUCACCAAGAAAGAUCUUUCGGGUAAUCUUACAUCGGCGCAACUCGAACGCAACAAGACAAAGGAGCAGCUCGAGGAAGAGAAGAAAAUUUCCCUCAGCAUUCGCAUCAAACCCUUGGACAUCGAGGGUAUGUCGAUCGACAAACUUCGCGUCAAGGCGACCGAAUUGUGGGAAAGCAUAGUGAAACUUGAAACCGAGAAGUAUGAUCUAGAAGAGAGACAAAAGCGUCAGGAGUACGACCUUAAAGAGCUGAAGGAACGUCAAAAGCAACAGCUGAGGCACAAAGCUCUGAAGAAGGGUCUUGAUCCUGAAGCUUUAACCGGCAAAUAUCCCCCGAAAAUCCAAGUCGCCUCGAAGUACGAACGUCGCGUCGAUACCCGAUCCUACGACGACAAGAAGAAACUCUUUGAGGGCGGCUAUGACACGCUCUUAGCGGAGAACAUCGAGAAAUUGUGGAAACAGAGAGCAGAACUGUUUACGAAGCGCAGCAAAACGAAAUUGCCGAAGUGGUUCGGCGAAAGACCGGGCAAGAAGGCUGGCGAUCCAGAGACACCAGAGGGCGAGGAAGACGUGAAGGCUACGGUUGACGACGAUCUCGAGGAGCCGCAAUUCGAUGAGGAAGAGGAGGAGGAAGCCGGCAAGGAGGAAGGCGAAGAGGAGGAAGAGGAGGAAGAGGAGGAAGAGGAGGAGGAGGAGGAGGAAGAGGAGGAGGAGGAGGAAGAGGAGGAGGAAGAAGAAGAGUAAAACUCUUGAUCGCUUCGGCGUGUGCACACAGGAUAUCUAACAAAAAAGAACAGAGAAAAAUGGAAAAAAAAAACAGAAAAAGAAGAAAAAAGAAAAAGAAAAAGAGGGAAAGAAAUACAUACGCGAAAUUCGGUACACGAUCAUUCCACAAUCUCGUUUAACGUCUUUCGAAUCGUCAAACGUAAUUGGUGGAGCGGCAGUAAAGUCGCGACGUUUUCCAUCCACUUUCGGCAAUAUUAUCCGAAAGCUCUCUAUUAUCAGUCGCCGGCUUACGUUAUCAACGACUUGUCUUUAAAAAUUCAAACGAACAAACGGAGCUCGGGCAAUGAGAUGAGAUGAACACGAUAUUUCAUGCUGUUUCGGCAGCAUGUUGCACUACUAUGAUCAUUAGCCGUUUCUAAUUACCACGGCUAGUGCUAUUACGAUUGUACCAUCACUAUUAUUACUCCUAUUGUAAUUAUUAUUAUUACUACUCCUACUUCUACGAUUAUUACGAUUAUUAUUAUUAUUAUUAUUAUAACAUUGUACAAAUCACGAGUACGCAAAUUGUUAAAAUACAAUGGUUCUAUCGUAUAAAACCAUCGAGGCAGCAGAUCUCGUCUGCAGGUAAAGCGUGUACCAGCACCAAUACUACAAUUACGUGUCUUGAAAUAAAUAGUAGAAGCUACAGUAAA